AUGAAUUCAAAUAACCAAAAUAUACAAGAUUAUUGUGAUUUAUCAAUGGAUCAAACUGGAAAUAGCUCCGCUUCUCAACAAAUUUUUAAUAAUAAAAAUGAAAAUAUUCAACAUACUUUAAUUAAUAAUGUUGGAAUUUCUGAUUUAAAUACCUUGCAUAUUAAUUCUACAACUCCUGCGCCUUAUAACACUACAUUUGAGUUUUAUUUCCAUUUACCAAAUGAUACUCGUAUCUAUCGUGUUACUUAUUCUGAAUUAAAUCUAUCAGAAAAUGUUCAACUCUUGAAUAAUGGAAUCAAUCAUAUCCCUGGUUAUCUUUUGCCGCAUCAUUAUAAUGUACAAUCUUUAAUUCAACAACAGAUUCAACAACAAGUCCAACAUCCUAUUUAUCAACAAAAUGAUAUUCAACAACAAUCCUUCGAUACUACUCAAUCUACUUCUCAAGUGUAUUCAAAUAAUGACACCUACAAUACAGCUUCAAUUUCAGUAAAUGGAACAGUUUCUUACGAUAUGCAAGAUACAAGAUUCCAGGAUUCUUCCUAG